AUCCAACCUCCUUGUAGCCUCCAGCGCAAGACCUCUGCUGAGCCUUUCGUCUCCUUCACCCACUCACGGAUCUGCCACUGCUUUGCUCAUCACCAGGUGACUCUUGUUGACGUGGUCAGUCAAUCACGCAGCAAGUAGAGGCGUGCGCGUCCCACAUUUGGUGCUGCUCGCCUCUCCCUUAAGCCUCCCUCACCACGCACAUGCGCACGCCCGAGCUGUCGUCUGUGUGGGCGCGCGCGCGCGGCCGCGGAUGCUUUCGCCGCUGCAGGUCGGCGAAGGACGCAUGGAAAAGGUUGCGCUAGUCACGGUAGCGGCAGCUCUUUUAGCUUCUUCCGCGCGUGCUCAGCAACGUCUCCUGCGCCAUCAGCCUUGCCUGCAGAGCGGAACAGCUUCCGACGGAUCAAUCCACCUUGACGCUCGCUCCAGGCUUCGACUAGUUCACAAAAUUGUAUGGUCUGUUGUAUGGGUCACUGACGCUCAGAGAAAUCACAAUCCGAGAUUAACAGAAGAUCAAACAGCACGAUCUUUGCGCUACCUAGUAGUAGUACUACUAUAUGAGCGAGAGGAAUGCCUCGAGGCUCGACUCGGCUUGCUUGUAUGCGGCUGUUGCUUCAUUGGUCCUGCAUUCAAGACUAGCUGCAGCUUUUGGCGUCGGCGUCGUUCACACCAGCAAGCAGCAUCUGACCUUCUCGGACAGAUUGCCGAGCGAGCCGGUCCAUCUAGCUGGACGCCAUGCAGAAGCUGACUUGCCGGUGCAGCCCAGAACGUGCUCUUACUUUGUUG